AGUAGAGGAACCAUUACACAUUACACAUUAAUUUCUUCAAUUUCAAAUCAAAUUUUAGUUCAAUGACAAUACAUAUUUUUCACACUACCAAAUGUAAAGUGAACGUUGUGGAGAGUUCGAUGCUGGGAAAAGACUGAUAUUCAUUUUCCUCGCUAUUGAAAAUGACUCUGAACUCUUAUUAGGAUUUUCUGCACAUUGAUCACUGAAUGAUUCAUUAGUUGACCCCGGUUCGAGAGUCAACAUACCAAUGGAAUUGUAGACGGAAGAGAAUUCGGAUUGUACACCAUAGAUUACCAUCUUGAUUCUGUUCGACUCUCAUCGCAGGAAAUGAAAUUCCUCCUCGCGAGUCACGGCAUUGCGCCCCAGAAACCCCUCCCCACUUGUUAUUUUUCGCACUACAAUUAUCUUACGUAACAUUAAUACCUAUCCUAACUAAAGGCUACAUUUAUAUCAAUGGAAAAUUGAAUUAAUAAACGGCAGAGGCAUCUCGAUAUUUUCAUUCUAUUUGUAAAAAUAUAUCUAAUUUACGGCUCUGCAGUUUAUAAUAAUAGCGGCUAAGGGAGGGACCAUCCAUCUGUUGCUGCUCUCUGUAUUUUUUUUUCUCCCAUGAGAGAAACCUAAGAAUUUUAGAAAGUCUACAAUUUGUUCACAAUGGAAAACUGGACAAGAUCAUGGCUAUGACGAUGAGACACUUCGUCUCAUUCUUUUUUCUCUUUCUCCACUCGUUCUGAAUCCGAAAGGAAUCUGAUUUCUAACGACUUUUCCUUGAUCGAGAUUUUACUUAAACGCUGUGACAAUGAGGGAAUUAAUAAUUCUCUGGAUCAUUGCACUAUCACCAUCAUGGGGACAGGUGCGCAAUCGAGCGCCUCACUUUAUUCACAAUGGUGACAUGGCAAGACUAGCUGUGUCAGAAGGCACAUUACCUGGUGCUGCUGUCUAUAAACUUCAGGGUGAAGACCCGGAAGGCUCAAAAUUGCAUUAUUCCAUCAGUGGUGAGUAUUUCACGGUUAACCGAGAAACAGGUGUUGUUACUCUGAGAAAAGCACUAGACCGUGAAGUACAGGAUCUCAUUGAAGUUAUCAUAAGUAUAACUGAUGAGGACAUUGCGGGUUCUGAACCAAAUACAGUGUCCUCGAGAAGAGAAAUUGCUGUACUAGACGAAAAUGACAAUCCACCCGUAUAUCAUGGUCGCCCUUACGCAACCCGAAUACUUGAAAGUGCAAAAAUAGGUAGUCUUUUGUUACCAGAAGGAACAAUUACAGUUACUGAUCGUGAUGGUGGAGUUAAUGCUGACGUUGAAGUCAAAUGUGUACCAGCGUCAGUUGACGAUGACACGUGCAUUGUAUUUCAUGUUACAACUGAAAAGAUCUCAGAAGGUAAAUACGACGUGAGGAUAACAUUGGUUCAAUCACUCAAUUACGAACGUCGGAAUUCUUAUCUAAUAGCAUUGCUAGCAACUGAUGGAGCUGGUGAUAUCUCAAAAAGACUACAGGCUAAUGCCACAGUUGCUGUUGAUAUCAUAGAUGUGCAAGACCAACCACCAAUGUUUUUAAAUGCCCCUUACAGUGCCGCUAUACCAGAAAAUACAUCUCCAGGGCAUUCAGUUUUAACUAUCAGAGCUCGGGAUGGUGAUACUGGUGAAUCGCGGUCUGUUCUAUUGACACUCGACGGAGAUGAUUUAAAUCAUUUCGAUCUGAAGGUCUCUAAAGAGGGCGAUAUUACGUUAGGAACCUUGGUGACAACAGAUGUUCCUCUAGAUCGUGAGGAAAUGAGAAUUCUUCAUGAUGGGGGAAUUUAUACAUUUACAGUUAAAGCAACCGAGCUUAUUAAUAAUGAGAUUCCAGCAGACUCUGCCACUUCUGUCAUUACUAUCGUCGUCACUGAUGUUGACGAUCUAUCCCCAAUAUUCAAUGAAGAAUAUUUCAAGAUCAACGUCUGGGAAGAUAUCGGUGUAGACAAUCCUUUGCCUGGACUGAAUAUGGUAGUUAGUGAUAAUGAUGUAGGUGAUAACGCCAAAUUUGUCCUGGCCUUGAGAGAUGCACCGGGAUAUCCAGGAAUUAGCCGAGCCUUUUCAGUUACUCCGGAGUAUGCUCAGGGUCGAGUACCCGUUGUUAUCAAAGCUCUUGAUUCUAAAAUAUUGGAUUACGAUAUUGAAGAUCCAUCGAAACGAGAAAUGGAGUUUGAUGUCACUGCAUCAGUAGGGGAACGUGUUGCAGCAUUCUCUAGAAUACAUAUUAAACUUUUGGAUGCCAACGAUCACAGUCCAAAAUUUUCUCAGCCUGUUUAUAAGCUUUCUGUGAGGGAAGAUGCUAAACCUGGUGAUAAGUUUGGAGAUAUCACUGCGAGUGACGACGAUAGUGGUACUUAUGGUGAAUUGAGUUAUACAUUGAGAGGAUUCGGGGCUGAUAAAUUCAGGACGGAUUCGAAAAAUGGAGGAAUUUGGGUGGCGAAAGGUCUUGACUAUGAGACGCAGAAGUCUUAUUCGCUGACAAUGGAAGCAAAGGACGGUGGAAGCAAACUGUCAACAGUCAAUGUCAUUAUCGAUGUGGCCGAUGUUAAUGAUAAUUCUCCUAUUUUCGAGCAAAAUGAAUAUGCCAGAACAGUUCGAGAAAGUGCUACUAGUUUUGAUCCUCAGUUAUUUAUCAGAGCAACUGAUAUCGAUGGUCCAGCCCAUGGAAAUGGAAAUAUCAGCUACUCUAUAAGUAAACAUAAUGGUAUGGCAGAAGAUGUAUUUCACAUUGACGUAGAUACAGGAGAGGUAACGAUGAACUGCCCAGCCAAGUCUGGAGAUACUGAGAGGGGCCUCUACGAAUUGACUAUUCGAGCUACUGAUUAUGGCUAUCCUCCCUUAUAUUCUGAAACAAAAUUAUUCAUCAGGGUUGGUGUACCGGGAAAUCAGAGGCCCAUCUUCAGAGGAAAUUACAAAGGAGCACCUGGGCCCAACAGUUAUCGUGCUAGACUUUUGGAAAAUGCCAGUCCUGGGACUGAAGUCAUCAAAGUAGUAGCUAAUGAUCCCGAUGGACGGGACAGUCUGCUUCAGUACUAUAUUGCCUCCGGAGCUAAAGACAAUUUUGUCAUUGACUCUAGCUCUGGAAUAAUAACGGUAUCACCCGAUGCGAGGCUUGAUUUAGAGACGGGUGGUAAUAAAUACGAAGUUAUCAUUUACGCUGUAGAUUCUGGGGUACCGGUCAGGGAAACAGCAACAACCACUGUAACUAUUAAUAUAUUGGACGUUAAUAACAAGCCACCCAAAUUUACAAAUUCCACGUAUCUGGUUUAUGUGUCAGAACGAACUUCAAUUGGGGAUUCUGUUCUCCGAGUAACAGCCAUUGAUCCUGAUUCAGAUGCCAAUAUCGAGUAUUCCAUUGUGGAACCAAUCAAAGCUGUUGAUAAAACCGGGGUCGCCUUGAAAAGUACAACUUCUUAUAAUUACAAAACUGCAUUCACCAUUGAUUCAACUACCGGAGUUAUUUCAGUGAUGAGAGUUUUAGAUUAUCAAGUCGCUGCGGUUAUUAUGUUAACGAUUCAAGCGAAGGAUCUCAGUGCCGUUGUCGAUAAGGAACACCAAGUGGACACUGCCGAGGUGACAAUCUAUAUUCAAGCAUUCAGCAACAAUAAUCCAAUCUUCUUAAACCCCGGCUGGUCCCUGAAUAAUCCAGUGAUUCGUGUAAAUGUUCCUGAAGAGCAGCCACUUGGGACGACACUUUUGAUGCUUUCUGCCAGAGAGUCUACUGGUCACACUGUACAGAGGUUUGAACUUGUUCGAGAGAAAGACGAUGAAGGAUACGUUAAUGUUGGAGUUCAGAGUGGAAAUGUAGUGUUGAGUAAAAGAUUAGACUAUGAAUCAUUGGGCGAAAAAUUCAUUACAUUCAAAGUCAGAGCAUUAGCUAGGGAUUAUGACAUAACUAGAACAAUGUCAGAAGCUAGUGUUAUCGUUAACGUACAAGACGUUAAUGAUAACAGUCCAGAAUUCAUGAAGAAGGAUUAUAAAAUAUCAAUUCUAGAGGAUUCCAAGCCUUCUAGGAUCGUUCUCAAUGUGAAAGCAAUGGACAUGGACAGUUCUAAUACAGAGCAAGAAGUCAAGAGAGGAUAUGGCGAGGUCCGUUACAGUCUAAUCGGUGAAAAUGCAAAUUUCUUUGAGAUUGACUCAGUGAAUGGAAAUAUUCGUAUCGCCAAUGAUACAACACUCGACCGAGAGAGACAAUCUGUUCUUAGGUUCUAUGUGGUAGCUUCCGACAUGCCUGGUGGUGGUGCUGAGCAGAAGACCAACAGAUCUCUAGUUACAGUAGAUGUUCUUGACGUCAAUGACAAUUCCCCCAACUUUCCGCAGAACUCUUAUACAGCAGUUAUCCCCGAAAAUGCACCUGUAGGUGUUAGUGUUGUGAAUAUCACUGCAAGUGAUCCUGAUGAGGAUAGAGGGGGAGAAAUUUAUUUCGAGAUAAUCGAUGAAGGAGAGGCCAGUGGAUUAUUCGCCGUAGAUCAUCAAACUGGAGAAAUUUCUUCGGCAAAAAAAUUGACGGGAAAAGGAAGAACUGAUCCUUACAAUAUGAGAGUUAGGGCUCAGGAUAAUGGACUACCUGUCCUCCACUCUGAUGUAUCAUUAAUUCUCUACAUUGGAGAUGUUGUCAGCAAUGAUGGAGUUCCAUUGUUCAUUCGUCCGACCCUGGAGGAGAUUGCCUAUAUCUCCGAGAAUUCCACGGUGGGGAGUCCAGUAUUUCAAGUAGUUGCUUCUGAUCCUGAUGAUCCAAAUCUUCCAGAUGGGAAAAUAACAUUUAAAUUCUUAGAGGAUGACAAUUUUGAAAACGAUGCUAGUUUCUUUAAAAUUAAUGGAGACACUGGCUUGAUUACAACGAGAAAACUUUUAGAUCGAGAAACAAAGGACAGUUAUACUUUGAUAUUAGUGGCUCAGGACUUGGGAAAUCCUCCUCAACAGGUAUCUAGAGUGCUUCAGGUAAUUAUCAAUGAUAUCGAUGAUCAUAAACCCCAUUUCAAAAGAAGUUUAGACAGCCCCCCGGUCGAAUUUAAUAUUCCCGAGGAGGUCCCAGUGGGAACGAAGAUUGGAAUCGUCGACGCUGUGGACGAAGACAUUGGUGAGAAUGGAAUGAUGGAUUAUAUUAUCACCUAUGGAAAUGAGGCUGGACUUUUUACCAUUGAAAGACUUGAAAAUAACUCUGCUGUGAUAAAAUCGGCUGGUCGUCUCGAUCGCGAGACAGCCGAUCGUCAUCUGCUGACUAUCAAAUGCUAUAAAUAUCCUGUUAAACUAUCUGAUGUCAUACCAAAGAGGUAUAACCGUCAGGAUCCCUCAGAACGCCAGUUCUUGGUGAAGAUAACUGAUAUUGAUGACAACAAGCCUAAAUUUCGGAAGGAUAAUAUUACCAUAGGAGUGAGAUUGAAUGUGCCUAUUGACACAAGCUUAAUAACUUUAGAGGCUUAUGAUGAAGAUAUUGAUGCAUUUGUUAUUAAUUACAUCAUGGGAAAAGUGUCAUUUACGUCUUUAGCCGAGCCAUCAAUGUCGAAAAAAGGAAUUCCAUCGUAUUUAUCUUUAAAUCCUCAGAGUGGUGAGAUACGGACAAUUGGGUCAAUGGCUAGUUUUGCUGAUGGCUUCAUGGAAAUUCCCAUAACAGCAAAUAAUUCACAAAUACCCGGGCGGGAGACAAAUGUUACGCUACGUAUAUUUUUACUAAGAGACAGAGAUAUGCUCAAGUUCGUUUUCUCGAAGCCUCCAGUUGAAGUCAGAAAAACUCUGGAAGAAUUUGAGAAAGCUGUUCAACAAGCACUGUCUCUUCCCAUUACAGUCAACGUUUAUGAUACUCAGUUCUAUUCGAAGGACGAUAAUUCACUCGACUUUUCAUCAACAAGCUCUUGUUUUCAAAUGGUGGGACGUGAGGCCUAUGAUCUUGAAGAGAUGAAGUCACUGUUAAGGGAUUCCAGGAACGAUGAGUUGAAAAAGGUUUAUGAAAAAUUUCAUGUCGAGAAAGUACAACAUUGUGCUGCUCUCGUAGCACGAGCUGAUGCUUCCGUGACUCAGAUGUGGGUACUUGCCAUAGCGGCAUUAGUUGGUGUUGCUGCGAUUAUUUCUAGCUGCACGUUAUGCUAUAUGCACUCAAAAUAUAAACGCCACAUGAAACACGCACGCUUGAGGGAACAAGCGAGACCACCAUUAAGUUAUGUUUCCUCGGGGCCUGGAAUGGUUAAUGCUCAAUCGCACACAACAUUGGGGACUUUAGGGCCUGGAACGAUUGUUGCUCUGGGGCCUCACGAAGGUCCUUAUGAAUGGGGAGCUGACACGACUCUCUAUCAUCCCAGCACCCUCUCCAGAGCGUAAAAUAAUUAUUAAUUUCAACCCAAUAAUGGAAAAAAACUUUGGUGCUUGAUAAUAAUGAUCAGUGAUUUGGACAUUCACGUAUGAAUAAUUCAAGGUCCUACGAUUUUGUACAUUUUAAUAAGCUCGAGGUAUUGGCCUUGUGUAAUAUAAUUCUCACUUAGGGCUUCCAGUUAAGAGAUGUAUAUUUAAGAUAUUUAUAUAAAAGUUUCAUGCAAAAAUUUAAUCAAUGUUUAUGAAUAUAUUUGGAUACACAAGAAUUUCGAAAGUUUGGGGAUUCAUCAUUCUUCUAUUCUACUUUUAGUAACCUUGUGAAAAUGUCAAGGUAACAACGAACAGUUAAACCUAUUUUUUUUAUUUAUUUAGUUUUUCUGAUGAAUCCGCUCAAGUUUAUAGUGUGAAAACAUCAUGAAAAAACUCGUAAAAUCUAUGAUUAAAUAUUUAGAUUUUUAAAUGUCGAUUUGAAUAUAUUACAAUUUUCAAUGUCAUGUAAUACUUGCAAUUAUGAGUUGUAAUGUAAUAAUUGAUAAUUGCAUUUAUUUAUGAACACUUUUACUUUUUCAGAUUUAGGCAAUUUUAUAGCAAUGUGAAUAGUCCUUGAGUAUUAAUACGCGAUGUUUUUAGAUUUAAGUUGGAAAUUGAAAUUACUCUAUCGCGACUAAACCAUCUGCGAAUUUCUGGAAAGCAUCGGAUGUAUCAAUAUCGACUUUCGAGAUAGGAUUUUUCAUUUCAUUCUCGAUAGUUGGAUAUGAUUUCCCCGUUCUCUCUACAUUUUUUCCAUUCUUAUCCUUCUUAUGAUUCAGAGGUAUUUUUUCGUCAUUUUUAGUGUCUUCAUUUGGCAUUUCUACGAAGCUCUCUUCAUAUUUGACUAACGGCAAAUUAAUGGGAUCACUCUCCGACUCUUCUUCCUUUAGUUCCUCAAUAACAGACUGAUCAGUUAAUUGUUUUGUUAUUGCAUCGAAUGGAGACAUUAUUUUCCUCACGAAUUGGUCCUGGUCUUCUGGUCGCAUUGCUGCAGAUCUUUGUAGAAUAUCCUUUCUGAAAAACCAGAGUCAUUUACUCUUUUGCUUACGCUUGUUUCACUAUUCGUACUCCUGUAGACAAAAAUUUAUAUUUUGAAAAAUAUGUAAAAAGAUAUCUCUAAUUGGCCCCAUUUCUAUUAUGUACUAUUAUUAAGUACAUAUUACCUUGUACAUAUAAAGUAUAUUAUAUUAUAAAAAAUCGGCAAAUUUGUUAUUUUUAAAUUUGAAAAAUAUAUACGAAGUUGGCCCAAGUUAAUUAUAUAUAAUUAUAAAUUGCUGCAUGUGGGUUAAAUGAGUUCGAGAAUAAUUAUAAAUUCUCUGUAAGAGUCGUAAAAAAUUACAACAUCCCCACCUGCUGAGUUUAUUUUUCUUCCGUGGAUACAAAUUCAGGUGAAAUACCAUCUGUUGUUUUUCUUCAUCCUCCAACAUUCCAGAUUGACUCGCUGGAAUAGCAACCAUGGGUAUCGAUUGAGCUUGUCCUCCAUAAUACCGUCCACCUCGACCAAAACUCAAUGGUCUUCUUGGAUCCGAGGAAUAAUCCUCUGCACUUGUUCCAGGCCUCGGUGGUGACGUUUUCUGAUUUGUAGAUUGAUCGGUCAAUUCAGUAAUAGGAUAGAUGUCCAACAUCACACUGAAUGGCUUUGCCUUCCUUUUCUUGUUUCCGUAUGUUCCUGUAUAUGAUGCGCCGUUUUCAUAAGGUGAUUCGAGAGAUGGGGGCGGUCUCAUUAUUACAGGACGCUGCAUGUAGGACUCGUAAUAAGGAUUAUAUCUCUGCAGUCCUGCUGGUGAAAAUCUAAAGUAAAUAAAUCAUUCAGUUAAUUAAUUGUAAACAUUCCACUGAUUACUCCAAAUUUUUUAAAUAAAUUUUCAAUAACUAAUUAUUUGAAUUUCUCACAACCAAAUCACAAAAUUAUGCGCACUGGUUAUAAAGAUUACUAAGAUUAAGACCAUUGUUGUAAGGCUUUUUCAAACUUUUCAUAUCUAUUGGUAUAAUAUACCUUCUUCGUAGUUUGCGGAAAAUCGGUGCAAUCUUGAAGAUGAAUGCGUCAUCUCUUCGAAGCCAAUCAAAUUGUCACUAUUACGAGUUAUAUAUGCGAAAUUUAUUUGGAAAAUUUGAGUAAUCACUAGCCUUCUAUCGUGUGAAAUGUUAUGGUGGUCGCUUCUACCUGAGAUUCACAGGCGCUAGGAGAUUGACAUCUGCAGGAUGUUUGGGCUUGUAAGGAUAGAAAGGAUCAUUAUUCAUAAACAAAAGUGGUGAAUCCUCAGAGUCGUCAGAAUCCUCUUCGUCUUCAGUGAUAGCGAUCUCUGAUUUAUCGCUAGUCGCCAUCAUCUCACCAAUGUCGGGGUAAAGAUCGUACUUCUUCGGAUUCAUAUAGACUCCAGUGAAUUUAAUACCCCGUUUCGGACUCUCGGGAUCAUUUGUCAAGUAUUUUAUAAUAUCCUGGAUAUUUCUGGAGCUUUGGGGAUAUCUAUACUGACUCAAUUGAGGGAAUUUCACGCGCUGGAAGGAUGAAGGGAUUGGGUUCUGAAGUUUAAAGUGGAACGGGGCUGGUUGGGACUCCUCUGAUGUUUCCUCAUCAUUAUUAAGUUUAUUGGGAUACCUGUACAAUAAUUUUCAAUCACUGAUUUAGCCAAAGAAAACAUAAGACAUGAUUAUUAUAGCCGAUUGCACGACAGAACAUAUUAAACUCCGUUUAAGGAACAUAAUUUUCUUUAGAUUUACAUUUGUCUGACUCGAUAAACAACUGCAUGAUUGCUGAACAACUGUUUUGGCUCUACUUCAAGCUUUUCCCUUCCAACAUCAUCAUUCUCUGCAGACUCCAACAAUCUCUUUCUCAAUUUGAAAUUCUUAAGACUUUGGGCUCGAGGCUCGAUUGGAUCAGGGUCAGAACUCUUCUCCUUUCUGUCGACAUCUUUCAAGUCAUCAAUGAAGGACAAUGUUUUGAUAUUAUUAUCGUAUCGAUCUUCAAUAUUAGCAGUUGUCAAUCUUUCGAUCUCAGGCUUUUGCGAUGUUGUUGUAAUUUUUUUAGAAAAAUUCGCUGCUUUCUUCAAGGUAUUUUGAAGGAUGUAGAUGUGUUUGGUCUCCUGGCUAACUUUACUAGUAGCCGAAGUACCAGACGCAAAGUCGUAGAUAAAAAUUACGGCCUGUAUUAAUGAUAAUCAACAUAAUAUUAAAAGAAAUAUGAAGUUUUUGAAUACUUUCGAUUCGAAUCAACAUUUGAAAUUGUGCCAGUUAUAUAUUUUCUAUAGAGAAAUCCUAUCUAUCAACAUUACUCUCGAAUUAUGACAAUUAAAUUCUAAAAAUUAGGUGCUUCACGGUAUCAGAUCACGCCAUUUCAUUCGCAUUAAAUUCUGAAAGAAAUUAAGUUUGUAUAUUGUUUGCUGUUAACUUUAAUCCGUGUCAAAACACCGUUAACGCCCUAUAUGUGAAACAGUCACGCCCGAUUGUCAUGCAUCACGAAUAUUACAGAAUAAACUACCAGGGAGAAAAUAUUUUGCGAAAAGUCUAAUCAUUUUUCAGGAUAAUUUCUCCAAAAAAAUUAUAUGGCAAUAGCUGCAUUUCUCUGCUAUUUUUCUAUUUUCAAAUAAGUUCCUUUGACUUAGCACAGUCGGCACGGGUUUUGCGAAGGCGUCUAAGUUUAAAACAAAACUGGGUAGAAUGGUACGAUUUAACGAUUUAGUGUCCCUCACACCAUAUUUUCAAUCGAUCCCAAUAUUAUUCAAUAAUAAUAAAAGAUAAUUUCAGAUAAAUCGAAGAAUUAUGUUCGUGGUGAGUUGAAUGAUUGAAAAAAGUGAAGGCUUAGAGGAGCAUCCCGCAGCUCGUUCGCUGAUACUGUUCGCACACCAUAACGUAACUUGAAUCAUGAGACAGAACUUUACAAUACAGUACUAAUGAGUGACUAAUGAUUGUUAUUCAGUUGAGUUAAAUGCAACGACUUGCUUGGGUAAUAAUUGAAUGAUUUAAAAUAUCUUCACAAAUUCAAUGGCAUCUUUGCAAAUGGAUUCGUAGAGGAAUGAGAGUGUGAAAUUUCCAAAUGCCAACAAAGUUUUGCAAAAAAAAUAUCAUAGAAACAUGUAAGAAAAGAGAUGAUGAUUAAUUUUGUUAUCAUUACCAAAAUGCUAGCAACAAUUGCCAUGACCACAAUGACAAAUUUCUUGACUACAGAACCGUAUUUAUUGGAAUUAUAUCGAUCAGCCUGAUCAGAGUAAAGUCCGAGCUCUGAACUGCUAAUAGCUGGUCUUCGUCCAGUUUCAAACAUCUCGUUCCACUUGAAUUUCACACGCGAUUAAUCAUAGUUGAAACGUUCAUUAUUCCUGCAGUUAUAUAUCAAUAAAUACAAGUGUUCACUUGGCACCGCCAGAAGUGACUAAACUCCGUGUAUGCAGUUUUCACCGGCAUUUAAUUCCUCGGUUCUUGUACAAGAGAAAAUUCUUCGUGGGGGCGGGCGGGAUGCUAGGAGAACGUAUAAAUGAAUGAGCUACUUACCAAACGACUUUGGAAUUCACUACCCAUGACAAUUACUUCAAUUGCAAAGUGACCACUGGACUUGGGCAAUCAAAUUAGUCCAAUACAAAUGUGUUAAAAAAAAUGUUUUUUAUUUUAAUUCAUAGGGGAAAUUCUAUCUUGAUAGAGUUGUUUCCCUCGUCUUGUAUGAGUACACGAAUUAGUACUUUAUUUUCAGGCAUUGAGUACAGAACCGAGAAUUUUCAAGAUGAUUUA